AUGUCGCAAUCCGCUCUCCUCAUCGGAGAAAUCACACACGCGCGCAAGGAGUGGGAGAGCAUUUCUUCGCUUCUCAGCUUGAAGGAAUUCCCCAGCGGAACCAGAGAGGACUUCAUUGCGAACUGCAAGGCCGGCCAGUAUGACGAUGUGGUGGCACUUUACCGGUCAAACAAUUCUACCAAAGUAAGACUUCAAUUGAAACGCAAGGCUCUUAAGCUAACAGUUCAGUACACCGGUCCCUUCAAUGCGGAGAUGGUUGCAGUUCUGCCCAAGUCUCUGAAGUAUAUCUGUCACAAUGGCGCGGGUUACGAUAACAUCGAUGUCGCAGCUUGCUCCGAGAGGAACAUUGCCGUGUCCAGCACACCCGUUGCGGUGAACGAUGCGACAGCCGAUGUAGGAAUUUUCCUCAUGAUUGGUGCUUUGCGCCAGGCUCACGUGCCCAUCACUGCGCUCCGCGAAGGCAAGUGGCAAGGCCCUAUCACUGCAGGUGGACGAGAAUACAGAACAUCCCUGGGCAACGACCCCAAGAACAAGGUCCUUGGAAUUCUGGGCAUGGGAGGUAUUGGUCGGGCCUUCGGAAUGAAGAUUCAAUACCACAACCGAUCGCGCUUACCUGCGGAUCUCGAGGCCGGCGCAACAUAUGUCUCCUUCGACGAGCUGCUCGCAAACGCAGACGUGCUGAGUCUGAACCUUGCUUUGAACGCAUCAACGCGCCACAUCAUUGGCGCGACCGAGUUCACCAAGAUGAAGGAUGGUGUGGUGAUUGUGAACACUGCACGUGGUGCGCUCAUUGAUGAGAAGGCUUUGGUUGCUGCCCUGGAAUCUGGAAAGGUUCGCUCCGCUGGUCUGGAUGUGUACGAGUGCGAGCCCCAGAUCGAGCCCGGUUUGGUCAGCAACCCUAAUGUUAUGCUUUUGCCUCAUAUCGGUACUGCAACCUAUGAGACUCAGAAGGAUAUGGAAAUUCUGGUGUUGGAUAAUCUGCGAUCGGCUGUUGAGAAGGGAGAGUUGAUUACGCAGGUUCCUGAGCAGAAGAAAUAG